CAGCCCCCGCCCGGCGAGGGAGGGACAAGACGCUCCGCCUGCUGGCGUGACGCGGCUGUGACGUGCCGAGCCGUUGCCGUGGCCGCUGCGCCGAUCCCAGAACGCGGCUGGGCUGCCGGCCUGGCGGUGGUGCCUCCCCCGUGGAAGGAAGCACUUUGGUAUGGACCGAUUUGAAGAUUCCUCAGAUGGUGAAGUGGAUCACACUUUCUAUGAGAGUGAUUUUGGAGAGGAGGAAAAGAAAACUGAAGAAAAUGGUGAAUAUAUAGAGAAAGGAAGUACAAAGGUAGCUCAUUCUGACCCUGACUUGAUUGCUAGUUCAAAGGAUGCAAACUGUUGUGAGGAGGAAAAUGAAGAGAAGCAGGAAGAUUUGCAGAAGAGUCAGUUCCUAGAAGAUAGCACAGACAAUCCUGGGGACGCUUCAUCUUUUUUACUUCCUCCAGUUCAUGAGAGUGCAGGCACAUCUGGAGCAACAUCUGCAGCAAGCAGGAGAAUGCAGGAAAAUGUUCCUGCUGGAAUCCCUGAAAUAAAUUAUUAUACGGAUGAAGAAGGUAGUAGUGAUGAUGGCAGGAAACAGAAGAUUAGACCAGAAUCAGCUAAGCAGUCCUACAAUGUAGGAGGGGCUAGGAGAACAUACAGUACUACCAGUUCCUCUUCCUCAUCUUCAAGCUCAGAUACAGAUUCUGAUAGCUCUUUAUCAGAUUCAUUGCAUUAUUCCUCCAAGAGAAAUGCUGGUAGUGUGGCUCUUCCAUCUCCAAAAGAAAGAUUUGCAUCAGCAAUAAAAUUACCAGAAGGAAAACCAAAGCUUGGAGACCAUGUGGAGGACUCUGAAGAUGCAGAAUCCAAGUCUGAUUUCAGCAGCAAUGGCUUACAUGAUGGUAUGGAUCUGAAUCAGCAUUUGAAAGCUGCUCUACGGUUGGAGAGUGGAGAACAGCGAAAACUAACUGUAGGUCAUACAUCUGGAAGAACAAGGGAGAAAUUUUCUGCCAAUGAAGAAGUUAAGUAUUGCUCUGAUUUAAAAGCUGCUCUGGAGUUGAGGGGUAAACGACAACAAAAACUGGGCAUCAUUCAUCCAUCUAGAGGAACAAAGAAAAAUUAUUCAUUCACAAAUGAAGAAGUUAGACGAAUUGAUCAGGAAAACCAAAGGCUGCUGCAUGAAUUGGCCCGGCUGUGUGCGACACCAGGAAGCAGAACAAACAUGCUAAAGAAGUCGGCUUCUCCAUCUCUUCAAGCGUACCACAGUGCCAUCAACAGGCAAAAAGAGCAGCAGAGGAUUGAAAAAGAAAACCUGGCUUUACUGAAGAGACUGACAGCAGUGAAGCCAACACCUGGAAUGAAGCGUUCCGAACAACUGUGGGACUAUCAGCGCUAUGUGAGCUAUGCAACUCCUUCACCAUCUGCAAGAGAAGAAAGUUCUCUUUCCAGGCAGCGUGGCCUGUCUCGAGUCCCUUCGAGAGCAUACACUGCAUCAAGCACAAUGAGGCAGAAGAAGGAAAAACCCAUGUCAGUUUCACCUACUGGGGCAUCACAGAGACCUACGUCCACUAAUGUUCAUGCUGCUUCUUUAAAGUGUAAGCAGCGUCCUUAAAUGUUAAUUCCUGGGAACCUCAGAGACUUGAGCGAAUUGGAAGAAUCUGGCAAGGCCUUCCUUCAUAUGGAGUUUAUAGGAUUUUCUCUGUACCAGAGCCUAUCUUCUGCCAGACUGUUUGCAGCAUUUACUGAAGAUCCUGAGACAUCUCAGCUGUUACCUCUCACUCAGAUAAGCAUUGACUAGCUACAUUUGUCUUUUAUGGUGGGUAAUUUCCUAAUUGUCAGCUAAACACUUUCAGGAUAAAUCCCUACAAAUAGCUGAUAUUUUUUUUUCUAACAUGUCAGCCAAUAAAGUUUCCUUGUAACUGCUUUUCCUUAUAUGCUCCCUCCAUCUGUGAUGUUUGCCUGCUCAAUGUCAGGAGCAAAACAGUGGAUGAACCUUGUCAUUUCCAUUUGAUGAAUGAGAAAUCCAGAGCUGCAUCUGGAGCCAUCUUCCAGGACAAAUUAUGGUUGAGAUCAGCUUUGUAUUCUGUAUACCAGGAGGGAUUGCUAGUGCUUGUGAUGCAGGUCUGGUUUGUCUUCAGGAUGUUAGUUCUAUUUCCUUGUUCAGGUAAACUUCUAUACCUGUCCUGGUAAGUUUCCUCCUGGCCAAAAUGAGACAGGAUUUGCCAACAGUGAUCUUUGCAGCUGUGUUAUUUAAAGAUCACUUGCUUCUCACACAGAAUCCUAAAAUGCCAUUACUUUUGUUGCAAGCUCUGAUCAUGUGCAAAAAUUGUAACAAUCUCCACUGCGUUACAUGUGGUGAGAGCUUGGGACAAAAAUCACAAUUCUCAGUUCUGCCCACACACUUUCUUAAGACUAGAACAUACUACUGAGAGAUUUUUCUUGUUGAAAGGGAAAACAGGGCUGAGUAGGUCUCUUUUUAGGGUUUUUCUUCUGCUGUGCCUCUCAGCAUGCCUUAAAUUAUUCUGUUUUUUUUUUUUU